AUGAGUACGUGGCAACAAACACAAACUCCAUACGGAUCAGGAGCUGCUCCACCACCCCCUGGAUUUUUUCCACAAGGUGCUCCAUACCCAAAAGCUGAUGGUGGCUAUCCUGCUGCUGGUGGCUAUCCUGCUGCUGGUGGCUAUCCUGCUGCUGGUGGAUAUCCUGCUGCUGGUGGUUAUCCUGCUGGUGGUGGAUACCCUCCACCAUAUGCACAACAAAAUAUGCCUUAUUAUGGAGCAGGAGCACCAGAAAAUGAUAGUUUUAACGCACCCGAAAACUUUGGUUUUAGCGAUAAAACUAUUCGUAAAAACUUCAUAUGUAAAGUUUACAGUAUUUUGAUGUGCCAGCUACUAAUCACAUUAUUAUUUGUGGCUAUGGCAACUCUUCAUGAGCCCACUAAAAAUUAUGUAAGGACACAUCCUGGACUGAGUAUCAUCGCAAUUAUCAUUACAUUUGGUACUUUAAUUGCACUCGCAUGCUGUGAAAAUUUACGUCGCAAGAGUCCUACCAACUUUAUUCUUUUGUUUGUAUUUACCUUAGCUGAAUCAUUUUUAUUAGCGGUAUCUGUGUCACGUUACUAUCCAGAACAAGUACUGUUGGCUCUUGGCUUAACUACAUUGAUAUGUUUUGCUCUUACAAUAUUUGCUUUUCAGACUAAAAUAGAUUUUACAGUAAUGGGUGGUUUUUUAACAGUAGCUGUAAUAGUUUUACUUGUUGCAUCCAUUGUUGCUAUAUUUUUCCCUGGAAAAUUGAUGACCCUCAUAAUUGCAUCUGCGGGUGCAAUCAUAUUUUCCUUAUAUCUUAUUUAUGACACCCAAAUGAUGGUCGGUGGUGACCAUAAGUAUUCAAUCUCUCCAGAAGAAUAUAUAUUUGCAGCAUUAACCAUCUAUGUAGACAUAAUAAACAUUUUCAUGUACAUAUUAGCCAUUAUUGGAGCUUCAGGUGAUGAUUAA